AAGCAAUCAUAUUUUUCUGAUGAAUAUGAGUGGCAACAAAUUAGUUGAUUUGGUUUUCUUUUCUUGAGUUUGUGUAUUUUUUGGGGUGGUAUCGCUAAACGGAAAUCAUGCUAGUUCUUGUACUUGGUGACCUACACAUUCCUCAUAGAUGUCACAGCUUGCCGGCAAAAUUCAAGAAGCUGUUGAUUCCAGGAAGGAUUCAAAAUAUUUUGUGCACCGGCAAUUUGUGUACCAAAGAAUCUUAUGACUACUUGAAAACUUUGGCAAGUGAUGUUCACGUUGUUAGAGGCGACUUUGAUGAGAACAUGAAUUAUCCCGAACAAAAAGUUGUCACAGUUGGUCAGUUUCGCAUUGGUCUGUGUCAUGGUCACCAAGUUGUACCUUGGGGAGAUCCAGAUAGUCUAGCUUUAAUCCAGAGGCAAUUGGAUGUAGAUAUUCUUAUAUCUGGACAUACUCAUAAAUUUGAAGCAUAUGAACAUGAAAAUAAAUUUUACAUUAAUCCAGGUUCAGCAACUGGAGCAUACAAUCCUUUGGAUAGUGCUGUUAUCCCAUCCUUUGUUUUAAUGGACAUUCAGUCAGCAACAGUGGUCACAUAUGUCUAUCAAUUAGUUGGAGAUGAUGUAAAAGUAGAAAGAAUUGAAUACAAGAAAGCAUGAUGAGAAACAUUUAUUUGCACUAAAGUUAUAAUAUUCCAUUUAACCACUUGUGGUUAUUGUAUAUAAUAUAUGUAAUUAAAAUAAUUUCAUUUAUUGCUAAGUAAAAUUGAAUCAUUACAAAAAAGAUCAGGGAUGAAUUUGUUACUUUAUAAAAUUGCGAUGUUGCUUUCAAUUAUGUAAAAACAUAAAUUAUCAUGCCUUGAGUAAUGAUGAUAUGUAAUGUUAUAUUUUGUAUGUGAAAGUGCUUUAUGAAUUAUUCAAUUGCAUUAAGUUUUCUUGUUAAUUUUUCUUUCUUGCUUAAACUUAAUUUUUUUUUUAUGUGCAUGCUAUUAUUUAACUUCAUCUUUCAUAUAGUUCUUUGUUUAGAUUUUGUUUGAAAAAGAAAUGAAUUUUUGAUUAUAUUUAAUAUACUGAUAUCAGAUGACUAGCAAUUUUGUUCAUUUUCAGUUUUUCGUAUUUUUUUAAAAAGAAAUUCUAUCUUUUGAGAUAGUUUACAGCCUUUUAAGUGUUUUUAAAACAUUUAAUUAAAUGAAAUUGUCUAUUCUUUGCUUGAUCAUUGAAUGGUUACAAGAAAUUAUGAAUGGUCUGUCAAGAAAUCAAGCUGUUUAACUAAAAUAUAGAGUAGUGUAUAAUAACUUUAAUUUUCCUUUACCUUUAGACCAGAAAUAUAAUUAACGUAUGUUCCAGCAUUUUUAAUUCAUAUGUUAGAAAUUACUAUAGCUGAAUCAUUUACUUUUUUGAAUAUGUCUGAUUCACUUAUAUAUAAAUGCUUUGAAAAACUUAGGACUCUCAUUCAAAAAGGAAUUCUGUAAUUAAGUUAGAAGAUUUUAAAAAUAAGAUCCAUUCUUACAUCUUAAAUUUGUUUACAUUAUUUAUAAGAUCUAUUUAAAAUAUGAAAUGAGAGACUUGGUUUUUGCAAUUAUACAUAUUCUAAUCAAAAUUGGAACAGCCAUUAUUAUUAUUAUUUUUCAUUUUAAAUAGAGAUGCGUGAGAUUUUAAAAGAAAAAUUUUUUUUCCAUCACUAAAAGGGGGAAAAACAUCUCAUUACUAAAAGAAAAAAAAAAAAAAUGCUUAUUGCAGUAGCAUGUAUAAAAGUUUGAGUUGAAAACAUGGACAUCAUUUGUUGUCCUAUUGGAUUCUUCAAUAUUAGUAAGGAAAAUAAUGUUAAAAAAGGCAAUUUGAUUUUCAACAGUUUGUUGAAUUCUUCAAAUAUAAUUUCUUUUUAUUUGUCAUUAAUAUUUCAUUAUCUUUGUGUUUUUUUUUUCUCCUUAUAUUUAAACUUUGGAUCACUAUAGAAAUUUUUUAAAUUAUGGAUUGGGUCACUCAAUAAUUUUACCAUCAAAUGCAAUUUCAUCUGGAUCUGUAUAAAAUUCUCUAUUCUAGCAUAAGUAUGAUUUUGCUAGCUUACUAAUUAUGAUUUACACCAUUGAUAAAAAAUAAUGCAAAUUAAAAUGUAUUAUCUUUUAUGCAAUGAAGUCAACUUAGCAAGGUUAAUGUCUUUAAUGAAAUGUGCCUUUAGUGUAUACUGUUACUCAAGUGAUUUCAAUAUCCCUCUUCCCCUGUCUCUUGAAUAAAUAUUUCUAAAUAUAAUUGUUGGAUUCAGUUAUGCUUUAUUGAUUUGGAAAGUGUUGCAUUUCACUUAAUUUCAGAAUAUAAACUAAUUUUUGACCUAUCUUGAAAUUUAAUUUCUAUUAUUAAAAUAACUGUUUGCUCAUGUCAGUUUAUAUCAAUUGCAGAUGAAUGUGAGAGGAUUUUGGAUGAAUCUUUUUGUAAUUAUUUUUUUAUACUUAUGAAAAAUAUAUGCAUAAAAUAUAGAAUUGUUCGUUUUUAUAUCAUUUCAUUUUGCAGAUAAAUAUCAAUAAAGUUUCUUUCAUAAGAUUGUUAAACUAAACAUAUUUUUGAUAUCCAAGAAUAUGACAGAUAUAUUUUUCUUACAAAAGAAUUUUGUUUUUUACAUUUUUUAACUGAAAAAGUUUUGGAAUCAUAAUUAAUGAAAACUUUUUAUAGAUAAUGAACUUUGCAUAAAAUUAUUGCUUUGUAAAUUGAUUCUGCUAUCUAGAUCCACAUCUGUCUGAAUAGCUUAAAAUUAUUGCCUGAAAUGAGAAAUUUUACAUUGCUUUGAAAAGAACGAAGAACAUGAUGAUCUGCAAGAUGUCAUAAAUGCCUAAAUACCUAGUGCAUGGUUCAUAUUUUGAUAAAUGUCCUGUUUAUGGGGAAAAUUCUAUUUAUAUAUAUAUAUAUAUGGAUCCAAUAAAAUAGAGUAACUAUGAACCAUA